AUAUACAGUUGAGGGGGAGGGGGUGGAAUGAAUGGAAGAGGAGCGAGGAGAGAAGGGAAGUGAAGAGAAGGCCAUGAGAGGAGUUGCAGGAAGGACGCAAAGGGAAGCGGACAGCCUUCGGGAAAAACGAAUCGCCAAAGGGCGCCACUUGUGUAAAAGCAAGACCCACACAUGCCUCACUGUUUCACUUGACACGUGUUCUUCUCCCUCCUCCAUUCCCCUGCCAUCUGGUUCUUCUUUCUUUCUUUUUUCUUCCUGUUCUUCUUCCUCUUCUUCGCUCUCUCUCUCUCUCUCUCUCUCUCUCUUCACCAUCUUGUUUUCAAGAACCAAUGAUUAUACUUUUCAAUAAAUUAAGCCAAUUGCAACCGUAGCCCAUUCGCUUCCCCAUUCAGUAUUUUCUCAGCUCCUCUGUUUUAAUUUUCUCGGUGGUUCUUGGAAUUUGUAUUGGCUCUGCUAGGAUAGAACAGUACCCAUUUUUUGUUGUUGAAGUGCGAAGAGGAGAAGGAGGGGAGAGAGGGUGUGGAAAUGGCAGGGAAUGAGUGGAUAAAUGGGUACUUGGAGGCAAUUCUGGACACGGGGGCAGCGGCGAUUGACGAGCAGAAGGUGAUGGCGGUGAACCUGAAGGAGCGGGGGCAUUUCAAUCCCACGAAGUACUUUGUGGAGGAGGUGGUGACGGGGGUGGAUGAGACCGACCUCCACCGCACAUGGAUCAAGGUCGUUGCCACUCGCAACACCCGCGAGCGUAGCUCCAGGCUCGAAAACAUGUGCUGGCGCAUUUGGCAUCUUGCCCGCAAGAAGAAGCAGUUGGAAUGGGAUGAUUUACAACGGGUGGCUAAACGGAGGUGGGAGCGGGAACAAGGACGCAGAGAUGCAACAGAAGACAUGUCUGAAGACUUGUCGGAAGGAGAAAAGGGGGACGGUAUUGGGGAACUGAUGCAAAGCGAGACUCCAAGAAAAAGGUUCCAACGUAACUUCUCCAACUUGGAAGUAUGGUCGGAUGACAACAAGGAAAAGAGACUUUACAUUGUCCUUAUCAGUUUGCAUGGUUUGGUCCGUGGAGAAAACAUGGAGCUUGGUCGUGAUUCGGAUACCGGUGGUCAAGUCAAAUAUGUAGUGGAGCUUUCUCGUGCACUUGCUAGGAUGCCUGGUGUGUAUAGGGUAGAUCUAUUCACUCGCCAAGUCUCCUCACCGGAAGUGGAUUGGAGCUAUGGAGAGCCAACAGAGAUGCUAACUGCUGGUGCUGAAGAUGAUGAUGGGAAUGACGUGGGCGAAAGUAGUGGGGCAUAUAUUGUAAGGAUACCCUUCGGUCCACGUGAUAAAUAUCUCCGGAAAGAAUUAUUAUGGCCCCAUAUUCAGGAAUUUGUAGAUGGAGCUCUAGCUCACAUUCUAAAUAUGUCCAGAGUUUUGGGAGAACAAAUUGGUUCCGGUCAACCUGUGUGGCCAUAUGUGAUUCAUGGUCAUUAUGCCGAUGCAGGGGAUAGUGCUGCUCUUCUCUCGGGUGCUUUAAAUGUCCCAAUGGUUCUAACGGGACAUUCUCUGGGGAGGAACAAGCUAGAGCAGCUUCUUAAGCAAGGGAGGCAAUCAAAAGAGGAUAUCAAUUCAACAUAUAAGAUUAUGAGGAGGAUAGAAGCAGAAGAGCUUUCCCUUGAUGCUGCAGAACUUGUUAUCACGAGUACCAAGCAAGAGGUUGAGGAGCAGUGGGGGCUCUAUGAUGGGUUUGAUGUUAAGCUUGAGAAAGUUCUGCGUGCCCGUGCCAGACGUGGGGUUAAUUGCCAUGGUCGUUUCAUGCCAAGGAUGGCGGUUAUUCCUCCAGGCAUGGACUUCAGCAGUGUUGUGGUUCAAGAAGACAAUACCGAUGUUGAUGGAGAACUUACAGCACCUACUGGUGCAGAUGGGUCAUCUCCAAAGGCUGCCCCAGCAAUAUGCUCAGAAGUAAUGCGUUUCCUCACAAAUCCCCAUAAGCCAAUAAUCUUGGCCUUAUCAAGACCAGAUCCAAAAAAGAAUUUAACUACUCUUUUGAAAGCUUUUGGUGAAUGCCGUUCAUUAAGAGAGCUUGCUAAUCUUACACUUAUUAUGGGGAACAGAGACGAUAUAGAUGAAAUGUCAUCUGGGAAUGCCAGUGUGCUUACAACAGUUUUAAAACUAGUCGAUAAGUAUGACCUCUAUGGGCAAGUGGCCUACCCGAAGCAUCACAAGCAAAAUGAUGUUCCAGAUAUCUACAGGCUUGCAGCUAAAACAAAGGGAGUUUUCAUAAAUCCAGCUCUGGUUGAACCUUUUGGACUUACCUUGAUUGAGGCAGCGGCACAUGGACUUCCAAUGGUAGCUACUAAAAAUGGUGGUCCAGUUGAUAUUCAUCGGGCAUUGAACAAUGGUCUGCUCGUAGACCCUCAUGAUCAGGAAGCGAUUGCAGCUGCGUUGCUUAAACUGGUGUCAGAGAAGAACUUAUGGCUUGAUUGCAGAAAUAAUGGUUGGAAAAACAUACACCUGUUCUCAUGGCCUGAGCAUUGCCGGACCUACUUGACAAGGGUUGCUGCCUGCCGGAUGAGGCAUCCACAGUGGCAAACAGACACGCCAGUGGAUGAAAUGGCUGCUGAAGAGUCCCUCAACGAUUCGCUCAAGGAUGUGCAAGAUAUGUCCCUUAGGCUUUCUGUUGAUGGGGAAAAAGCUUCACUAAAUGAAUCAAUUGAUCAUUCUGCUGCAGCAUCAGGUGAAUCUGACGUCCAAGACCAGGUGAAACGAGUCCUAAGCCGGAUUAGGAAGCCAGAAGCUGACCAAAAAGAUUCUGAAGGUGGAAAGGGACAGCUUGAUAAUGUUCCGAGCAGGUAUCCCAUGUUGAGGCGUCGUAGAAGAUUGAUUGUUAUAGCACUUGAUUGCUAUGAUAGCAAUGGAGCUCCUGAAAAUAAGAUGAUUCAGAAAGUGCAGGAAAUAAUUAAGGCUGUCCGCUCUGACUCGCAGACUUCAAGAUUAUCAGGGUUUGCAUUUUCAACGGCCAUGCCACUGUCAGAGACAAUAGAGUUAUUGAAAUCAGGAGAGAUCCCAGCAAGUGAGUUUGAUGCUCUAAUUUGUAGCAGUGGGAGUGAAGUCUAUUACCCAGGUACUUGUGCAGAAGAUGGAAAGCUUUGUCCAGACCCAGAUUAUGCAUCACAUAUUGACUACCGCUGGGGUUAUGACGGUUUGAAGAAAACCAUCUGGAAGCUGAUGAAUACAAAUGAAGGUAGACGAGAGAGUAGCAAUAAUUCCUCCAUUCCCAUUGAGGAAGACACAAGAGCAAGCAAUGCCCAUUGCGUCUCUUACUUGAUCAAGGACCCCAGUAAGGCAAAGAGGGUGGAUGAUAUGAGGCAAAAGCUGAGGAUGCGGGGUCUGCGCUGCCAUCUGAUGUAUUGCAGGAACUCGACCCGAAUGCAAGUCAUUCCUCUCCUUGCAUCCAGAGCACAGGCACUGAGGUAUCUGUUUGUCCGGUGGGGACUGAACGUCGCAAACAUGUGUGUCAUUCUGGGUGAAACAGGAGACACGGACUAUGAGGAACUGAUUUCAGGAACCCACAAGACUCUGAUCAUGAAAGGCGUGGUUGAGAAAGGUUCGGAAGAGUUGCUUAGAACGACUGGUAGCUAUGCGAGGGAUGACAUUGUUCCAGGAGAAAGCCCGCUGGUCAGCUACACAAGCGGGGAAGCAACAGCUGAAGAAAUUGCAAAUGCUUUAAAGCAAGUUUCUAAAGCUGCUGCAGGAAUGUAACCUGUAAGAUGGUGGGCGUAUUCUCUUUUGGAUGCCCAGGCAAGCUUACUGUAGGUGCCUUUGGGCGCAAUUUAUUUUUUCAAGAGAAGGAAGAGCAGUUACAAAAAUUGUGGACGAAAGAGGGGAGUUUAUUGAAGAUGACAACUGAGAAAAGAGGGAGUUUGACAAGCUUCAAGAAGAAGAUCAAAAGCCAAAAAGCUUGAAGCCAAGUGCUGAGCCGUCGCAGGGCUUUGAACACACGUUAUACAGGGGGUAAUUAAUAGCAUCAAUUCCAUCGGGGUGAAAUUCAUUGUGCUGGAAAUUGAAUCAGAUGCCACUCCAAAGCAUCAUUCUCAGUCUGACUUUUUGGUUUCCAAACGUUCUUUCAUUUAUAGAAGCCUCUUGAGUAUCCGUUUGUAGGAAAUUGGGCUGCCAGAAGGAAACCAAGGUGUAAACUGAACAAAUUUGCAAUCAUUGAACGCAAAUGAAACAAAAGCAAUAAGUAAACACGACAA